GCAGCCGGGUUGGUUGCUUGCUUGCCGCGCUCCCUCUGCAGAGCAUGGCUUGGCCGGGCUGCCUGCUGCGUCUCCGGAUUCUGACUGCCGCUUUCGUCGCCGGGGGUUACCGAGGCCUGGGAAUUGUUUUUUACCCGUUGUCGGCCGUGCGGUGCCGCUUUCACCAGGUGCUCAUGGCCUUGACUGGCCCCUUGCUGUUCCGCAUCGGGUAUAGUCUGUAUGCCCACACCAGGCUGGGCUACCUGUUCUACAAGCGGCAAAUGAAGAAAGCACGGGAGCGUUAUCCUCAAGGCCAUUCUGUCACCCAGCCUCUGGUGUUCAGCGGAGUGAAGAUACUGCCAGUCCCCAUCUUGUCCAAUAACUACAGCUACCUUGUUAUUGACACUGGCUCGAACUGUGCUGUGGCUGUGGACCCUUCUGACCCUUUGGCUGUGCAGUCAGUCAUUGAGGAAGAGGGGGUGACUCUGGAGGCCAUCCUGUGCACUCACAAGCAUUGGGAUCACAGCGGGGGGAAUGCAGCGCUACGACGGCGGCACAGUUCCUGCAGGGUAUAUGGCAGCAGCUGCGAUGACAUCCCCGAACUGACAGAUCCCCUCUCAGACAAGGAGACAAUCAUGAUAGGACGGUUGCACUUCAAAGCCCUCUUCACUCCAGGGCACACAGUGGGGCACAUGGUCUAUGUGCUGGAUGGGAAACCUUUUGAAGGGCCAGCCUCUCUGUUUUCGGGAGACCUCCUCUUCCUCUCUGGCUGUGGCCGUAUAUUUGAAGGGACUCCAGAAACAAUGCUGGCAUCACUAGAUGCAGCAGCUGACCUUGCAGAAGAUACACUUCUGUGGCCAGGACACGAGUAUGCCUUAGAGUGUCUAAUGUUUGCUAGUCUUUUGGAGGCAGAGAACCCUUUUCUGGAGCAGAAGCUGCAGUGGGUGAAUCAACAACGGGCUGAGAGGAAGAGCACGUGUCCUUCCACCGUUAGUGAGGAGAAACAAUACAAUCCUUUCCUGCGGACUCACUGUCGGGAGGUGCAGGAAGCUGUGGGCCUUCAGCGCCAAAGGGAUGAGGACUGGGACAUCUUCCGGGCUCGGGUGCUAAAGGAAGUGCGACGGCGAAAGGAUGCGUACAAAGCAAACUAGCAAGCAAUGUGGCAGCAGUCUGGAGAAAAGUGUACCCAGAAGCAGUGGCACAGCAGUAGCCUCUGUAAGGAGGAGUCUGGUCACAAAGUGGGCUCUACCCUACUGAGGAAGGAUCUACAUGUAUGUUGAUCUCUCCCACAAUGUGAAGUGAAUGGAAUGGAAACACUUGACGUUCAGGCUGUUUUCCUGAGUUUUGGUUGCCAGCGUUGCUUACAAACGUGACAUAAAGAAUGAGACCUGCAG